AUGUCACAGCCCACAGAGAGAGAGAAGAUGCUUCGCGGGGAGCUAUAUCACGCUUUCACGCCGGACUUGAUCGCUGCUCGGGCACGUUGCAAAUGGGCUUGUAAUCGAUUUAAUAAUUCGGAUGAGGUGUCUCGUCGGCGACUUGUUGAGAUGUGGAGAGAUAUCACUGAAGACAAGACACCUCUACCACCAAAACUGGACGACCCUGCUGCCGAUGAUGCUCUCUUUGAAGAUGAGCCGUGGGUUGAAGCUCCCGUCAAGAUAGACUACGGGUUUAAUGUCAAGCUGGGAGCUGGCGUCUUCGUCAACUUCAACUGCGUCUUUAUUGACACAUGUCCUAUCACCGUUGGAGCUCGCACUAUGUUUGGUCCCAAUGUCAACUUAUUCUCCGGGACCCACCCGCUUGAUCCUGCCCUUCGCAAUGGUACUAAGGGCCCGGAAACAGGGAAACCAAUUGUCAUCGGAGAAGAUUGCUGGCUGGGUGGGAAUGUGAUUGUCCUUCCCGGUGUUACUAUCGGGAAGGGUGCGACCAUAGGAGCUGGGAGUGUGGUCACAAAGCUUCAGGAUGUGCCCGCUUUCCAUGUCGCUGCCGGUAACCCAGCUCGGAUUAUUCGCCGCAUUGAAACGACAAUGACUGAGUGA